AUGAGCUCUCAGGGCGACAGCCAACCUUCGCAGGACAGCACCAUGACGCUCAUGCAGGAGAAUAUCUCAGAGGUUCUCUACUUUGCAUACGGAUCAAACCUCUCGACUGAGCAGAUGCGUAGGCGCUGCCCAUACUCCACACCCGUUGGCCUCGCAUAUCUCAAGGGCUGGAGAUGGAUCAUCAACGAGCGCGGCUAUGCCAACGUCGUGCAGCUCCCUAUCGAUUCAGAUGACGAUGAGACGCCAGAAGCUGAAGACAACCGCCAGCUGAGCACAAAGGGCAAGGGCAAGGGCAAGGGCAAGGAGCAGCACAGGCCCGAGGAGGGUGUUUUUGGGCUGCUGUACCUUGUUCCGGCAGAGGACGAAGAGAGCCUCGACAGAUAUGAAGGGGUUCCAUCGGCAUACCAGAAGUUCCAGGUGGAUGUCAAGUGGGCGAAUGCGAACAAGGAAGAGGACGAGACGCUGAGAGCCUUGGUGUAUGUUGAUGAGAUGAGGGUUGAGGAGGACGUGCCUCAAGAGGAGUAUAUCGAGCGUAUGGAGGAUGGAAUCGAGGAUGCUGUUGAGAAUUGGGGGAUGGACGAGGACUAUGCGGAUCGGGUCAUGAGGAGAUUCUGGACUGAGAAGGACUGA